UUGCCUGUGUUGCGUUGAUCACUUCGGGGCGAGGUGAGUGAUCCCUUCCCGCAAACGUCGCGGUGAUCAUAACUGGGGAGAAAAGUGCAAGGGCAACGGUGGUCAGGAGAUACGUAGCAACACAAUCAGCUGUGGUCCAAGAGUCUUGCAUGUGUCGCCACUACGCAGCAUGUAGAGGGCAGAUCUCUGGCUAUGUUGUAAAAAACGUAAACAAUGGUGUUGCGCAACAGGUGGCAGAGAAAGCAACACACAGUGCGUCGCUGAGCUCGAGGCAACAGCACGUAUAAAGGGAAGUUCGACUCUGCGUCUCUCAGUCGUCAAGGGAAAAACGGUUUUCGUUAUAUUUCAGAGCCUUGCCGUAAUCGAAUUCCUCUCGCUGUUGCAAAAGAGCUCUUCAAGAUGUGUGAUGAUGAGGCAGGGCUAGCGCUGGUUGUCGACAAUGGAUCUGGCAUUGUCAAGGGAGGAUUUGCCGGAGACGACGCCCCUCGAUGUGUGUUCCCCUCCAUCGUCGGCCGCCCCCGUCACCAGGGUGUGAUGGUCGGCAUGGGUCAGAAGGACGCCUACGUCGGUGAUGAGGCUCAGAGCAAGAGAGGUAUCCUCACCCUCAAAUACCCUAUCGAGCACGGUAUCAUCACCAACUGGGACGACAUGGAGAAGGUUUGGCACCAUACCUUCUACAACGAACUCCGUAUUGCUCCUGAAGAGUCCCCUAUCCUAUUGACUGACGCACCACUUAACCCUAAGACCAAUCGCGAGAAAAUGACACAAAUCAUGUUUGAGGCGUUCCGGACUCCAGGCAUGUACGUUGCCAUCCAAGCUGUUCUUUCUCUGUACGCCUCGGGUCGCACUACAGGCGUUGUGUUCGAUUCUGGCGAUGGUGUCACUCAUACUUGCCCAAUUUUUGAGGGCUAUGCUCUUCCCCACGCCAUUCUGCGUCUUGAUCUUGCAGGCCGUGACCUGACCAACUACUUGAUGAAGAUCAUGACCGAGCGUGGCUACUCAUUCACCACGACCGCUGAGCGAGAAAUCGUCCGUGACAUCAAGGAAAAGCUGUGCUAUGUUGCUCUUGAUUUCGAAUAUGAGAUGAGUUCCGCUUCUGCUUCCUCGGCGCAUGACAAGUCCUACGAGCUCCCUGACGGCCAAGUCAUUACCAUCGGGAGUGAGCGUUUCCGUGCUGCUGAAGCCAUGUUCCAGCCCUCCUUCUUGGGAAUGGAAGCCGGUGGCGUCCAGGAAACCAUCUUUACCUCAAUCAUGUGGUGCGACAUUGACAUCAGAAAGGACCUCUUCAGCAACGCGGUCAUCUCUGGCGGCUCGACCAUGUACCCCGGCUUCGCGGAUCGGAUGCAGAGGGAGAUCUGCGCCCUAGCUCCCGGGCAGAUCAAGGUGAAGAUUGUCGCCCCGCCCGAGCGCAAGUACUCCGUGUGGAUCGGCGGAUCCAUCUUGGGAUCUCUGUCGACCUUCCAGGAGCUUUGGAUCACCAAGGAGGAGUAUUAUGAGGCAGGCCCCGGUAUUGUCCAUCGCAAGUGCUUCUAAAAAGUACUUUAUUCCUUGCUCUCUGUAGCGUUGUGUUCAUAUAGUCGAUAAUAAAUGGCCUUUAUUUUUGUAAAA